UAUCUAUCACCUAAAUUCAUCAAAAUGUUUUAUCCCGAAAUAUGUUAGAUGUGAUUUUGAAAAUAUCUUUUAUUAUCUGAAUAAAGUUGUACAAUAGAAACUUUCCAGCUUUUAUAACCUGAAUAUAUCUAACCCUUACAAUUUACAGUCAGUUGCACGAUUAAAAAUACGAAUUAACCAUGGUUUUCUACUUUACUAGUAAUGUAGUUUCUCCAUCAGUGACAUUAUUCAUGGGUGCUGAUAAGCAUGAAAAUGAAGACUUGAUUAAGUGGGGUUGGCCUGAAGAUGUCUGGUUUCAUGUGGAUAAAGUAUCAUCAGCCCAUGUUUAUCUACGUUUAGCACCGGGUCAAACUAUAGAUGACAUCCCAAAUUCUGUUUUGGAUGAUGCAUGUCAAUUAGUAAAGGCCAAUUCAAUAAUGGGUAACAAAAUGAACGACAUAGAUAUAGUAUAUACUAUGUGGUCAAACCUUAAAAAAACACCAAGCAUGGAGGUGGGUCAAGUAGCAUUUCAUAGAGAUAAAGACGUAAGAAAAGUAAAAGUUGCUAAAAGAUCUAAUGAAAUUGUAAAUAGACUACAAAAGACAAAGAAAGAAGCAUUUCCUGAUUUAAGACAAGAAAGAGAAAAUAGAGACAGGUCUGAGAGAGAGGAUAAAAAGAAAUUGCUAAGAGAAAAGAAGGAAAAGGAAAAAGAAGAAGAAAAACGCAAAAAAGAAGAGCAAGAAUUAAGAAGUUAUGCAACCCUUAUGAGAACUGAAAAUAUGUCUACUAACUACGAUGGUAAUGACUCAGAUGAGUUUAUGUAAAGUUAAUUGAUAUUUAUUAAAUU